AUGUUCAAUUUGGUCAAUCGUUCCAGAUCUAUGAAGAGCAUGAGGGUUGGUGGAGGGGCCCCCGGUGGUGCGCACACGCACGGCCCAGAGUCCCCCGUUCUGGGGGAGCCGGGCGUUGUGUCAAGUUUCCAACUGACCAAGGAAGACUCAAGCCUCUCUCAAAACGAGAGCGUGCCCUCCUCCUCCUCCUCAGAGGCUGCUGCCGCCGCCGACGCCGUCGCCGCCGUCGAAGCUCGCAACACAUACCGUCAUCGCCCGCUACCUACACCUCCUCGCUCUAAAGCAUCCUCAACCAUGGCUGAACGGCCGAGCACCAGUGGAGGGCCGGCACCUCAUAAUGCCAGCACCGUCAGCUUCAAAUCUUUUGCGGAUAGACGAAUUUCCAAGGAUGAUUUAUACAUCAGGCCUCAGUCGUCGGCGCGUGGAGGUUACAAGUCGUAUCACAUUCCGAUACGGGACAACCCAGCAUCCCCGGUAGAGAGUCCCGGCGACUUUUCCCCGGCGCGGACGUUUACGGUCAGGACACAAACUCCAGACUCUAUGGAUAGCAAUAUGGGAACGAUUGCGAUAGGAAUGGCGAUAGGAAGUCCAACUCACCCCCCUCGCGAGUUCACAUCGCCCGUACCCCCGCCGAGAAAUGAGUGGCAACCGCAAGCGUCGAACAUGAGCACCAGCAUGAUUAGAGCAUCACCAGAACCCACGCAGCAGGGCGUUGCGGAACCCGCUCCACCACCGGCGAAGCAGAAGUCAGGAAGGUGGAAGUUGUUUGGGCGGUCAAAGAGCAAGAGACUUGCAUCUCCCAUCGCCAUCUCUUCUCCCAUGAAUCUUCAACAGCCAGUGGGUAGUAGGGCAGAAGCUGAGAGUAUACCACAGAGCAGCCAAGCUACUGACCUGGGAAGACGAAAUACCGAACGAAGACCUGGGGAAAGCAAACCACCCAUGAUCCGCUCACAAACAGCAGGACCGCUGGCCGCUCCCCCUAGCCCUAAAGAAUCGAAACCUCCCAAACUACUAAGCAGGAUGGCAUCAACGCGCUCAACUCGAGGCGAGAGAGUUAAGAAAUCAGACAUCUCAGCGCCGGUGCAUGUUUCCAUGCAGGUACCCGCGCUACCCACCAAGCCGGCAGGAAACUUUUUGAAUGUUGAAAUCCCAGACAUCAAGCUGGAGCGGUACAGCGUCAUGUUCGGCAAUGUUUUGGGACAGCCCCAGGGGUCUCAGGGUCCAAAUGGGGGACAGCAGCAGCACCAAGGGGCAUCUUCCCUCUUGGCGAGGCGACAGGCUACCUUGGACAGGCUCAAGACAAUUAAUGACCAGACCAUGAAGGAAGAGGAAGAGAAGGAGCGUGUUAGGGGUAGGAGGGCGACGUCACCACAGCCCACCAAAUCGCCCGCCUUUUCAUUGUCACUAUUCCCAGCCACACCCUCGGAGACAGCAAAUAACCCGCCUCAAUCACCUCGUCACCGCUCAAAUACCUCACCCGCACUUCUCCCCUCCCCGUCAAGGUCGAGUUUCGAACCUCCACGGCCCCGUUUCUACCUAGAGGCCGCCAGAGCCGAUGCUGCAACCCCCGAGCCGAGAGCUCCUCGGUCGCAUGAUGUCUCGAACGCACAUGCCUUUGGCCCGGAACAGUCUGGCCUUCUUCUUGGCUCUCCCACCGAUGAUCAAGAAUCAGAAGAGAUCCACCUGACGGAACAGUUGAAGCCAACAAUUUAUGAGCCUGAGUGGCAGAUGAUUACUCCUUCCGAGUCAACCGCACCUUCCAGCGGAGCACCAAGUGCAGCCCCUAGCGCAAAAGACCGCUCGCCUGCAUCGGUGUCUUCAGCCUACACACACGUUACAAAGCCGUCACUCGAUGAGUCCGAACCCGAUGACGCCCUUCGCGCCGCUGUUGAAAUCUCUAUCGCCAGACAGAUUAGCAUCUCCAGACAACAACGCCGGAUGCUGCGGCCGCUCAAGACACAGACCGCCCGCGUGGCUGGAAGCCCCAGCAUAAAGAGCCCUGUCGCAGCUAUUACAGUUGGUAGAAACGAGCGCCUUUCCUCGACGAAGAGCUCAACGCCGACGCUCAUCAGCCCUGGCGAGACCUUCGAACAACAGAUCGCGCAGAACCGCAAAAGUGAGCGCAUCAUUGUUGAGGAUGAAUAA